CGUGCCCGGGGCGUCAGACGAAGAAGUGGAACCCUAGAUCCAGUACGCUGCUGCCUCUCAGCGUACAUACCAGCAGCCUGUCUGUCAAAAUAACCAGGUUCCCUUCCCAUCAGCUGUUUGUCACAGGCACAGUAACAGUUACUUUGGAUUUCCUUCUCAUACGGACCAGUAACGGGAGCCCGAGAAGAACUGGGGACGUGAGAGACCGGAGAGUUUGGAUCUGCCUCCUCUCUGCUCGUUAGCUGCGCGCCAGGAGAGUUUGUCUUCUGGGCUCCGGGGAAACAUGAGCUUUCUUUUUGGAAACCGUUCAUCCAAGACGUUCAAGCCCAAGAAGAAUAUCCCGGAGGGUUCUCAUCAGUACGAGCUGUUGAAACAUGCAGAGGCUACACUGGGAAGUGGAAACCUGCGCAUGGCAGUCAUGUUGCCCGAGGGCGAAGACUUAAAUGAAUGGGUCGCAGUCAACACCGUGGAUUUCUUCAACCAGAUCAACAUGCUGUAUGGCACCAUCACAGACUUUUGCACAGAGGAAAGCUGCCCAGUCAUGUCUGCUGGUCCUAAGUACGAGUACCACUGGGCAGAUGGGACUAACAUCAAGAAGCCCAUCAAAUGCUCCGCUCCUAAGUAUAUUGAUUACCUCAUGACCUGGGUGCAAGACCAGCUUGAUGAUGAGACACUUUUCCCUUCAAAGAUCGGUGUCCCCUUCAAGCGAAACUUCAUGUCCGUGGCGAAGACCAUUCUCAAGCGUCUGUUCAGGGUCUACGCCCACAUCUACCACCAGCACUUUGAUUCGGUCAUGCAGCUGCAGGAGGAGGCCCACCUCAACACGUCAUUCAAACACUUCAUCUUUUUUGUUCAGGAGUUCAACCUCAUCGACAGGAAAGAGCUGGUCCCACUACAGGAGCUGAUUGAAAAACUGACAACCAAGGACAGAUAAACCGCUGUCAUCCUUAUUUUAUUGGUCUUCUAGUUUUUGCACAGAUACCCACCCCACCCUGGCUAUACGUAUGCAGUAUAUACUAUAUUUCCAUUUGGGGAAAUGUUUUUAAAAGGGCCAGGAAGAAGGAAGGGUCUUGAUAGGUUUAAGGCACCAGGACUAAUGCUAUCAGGGAUAAUUGAACAAACCACAGAUUAACAUAUAAGAGAAGAAGGUUUUAGCUGUAUGAAAAAAACUAAACAGUGUUCAGUCACGGCUUACAUUUAGGAUAUUAGAGACACAUUAGUUUUCUAUUAUACUGCACAGUUUUUUAUCACUAAGAUUUCUGGCAACAUGAGGCAUUUCCAUGCUCUUAGAUUUCCAGCUCGCCCGCAGGGGAAGUAAAGUUGCUGUAUUACAAUAGGAGGGUAUUGUUGUUAUGGCAACCAAGCCAACCUUUUCAGCUGGUUAUUUUAUUCAUUAAGCUACGUCGACGGAGCUCAGUCGUGAUUUGCGAUCAGUCAAUACAAAAGAAUCCUAAGUGCCUAGCAUGGCUCAUUAUUGCCCUAUAUCCACAGUGAAAACUGUAAGAAGAUAAAGGCCAUAUAUCACUGAAACACUGGACACAGCGUUAAAUUUCUCCCCUCCUCCUUCCUUUGUCAUUUUUCUGUGUUUCUAAACUCCCUUUUAGAGCCUUUCUCUAUUUGUACUGUAACUGGGUUGAAAGAAGAUUUUCUUUUUCUGUAAAACCACCUUCUCACCAAACAUAUUCUUAUUUAGUUGCGUCUUUUUGCUGUGCUGUGCAGGUUAUGAUAAAUGAAUGUUAUUAAGGACGUAUAGAUGAGGCUAGAAUACCGUCACGUCGUAGCGGGGACUGAAAAUGAACUUAAACCUUUAGCUUUUCCUAGUAACACGUUCCUGUGAACUGGUCUCUCCCCAAAAACCUUUAAGUAGACACGCGUUUUAGAAAAUGUCCGCCAUGAAUCUAAAACCUUAAAGUGUAUAUUAGGGUAGAAUAGUUACUUGUGUCGCAGUCUCCAACAGCAUUUUGAAUUGGAGUCCGAGGCAUCCGUUGGUAUCUCACUAGCCAUAAAAGCACUUUGAACCGUUUCCCCUGACCUCACUUGCCCAAAUGUUUAUUCUGCAUAGACCGUGCUUUGUGAGAAGCUGUACCGUGUGACUGAUCAUAGUUUGUCUCCGCUCAUAUUUUCCCCCAAAUGAAUGUUGAACUGCUGGAACCUCCUCUGAAAUCGUCCAUAUGGCACAAGUGAGAUUUCUUCUGCUUUUUGUACGGUUUGACUCGUUUCGUCGCUGUGCUUCAACCAGCAGAUGCAUGACCCCCCCUCCCCGGAUCUCAGAGUGUAGGUUACUAUGCAAUAUUUGACACUAAACCACUAACAAAAAGGAUCAUAGUGCGCGGCUCGUUCCUACUUUAUAUCUGAUGUUCAUUUUCCUUUUAGUGCUUAAAUUCUGGUGUUUGUUAAGAGUAGAAAGGUGCUUCUCAUUGGGGUUUGGUUUGAGAAACGGGGACUUGAACAUUUUAAUAUCGGAUACGUGUAACACUAUAUUGCACCCAUGCUGAGUACUGAGGGUGCGAACUGUCUUAAGCGUCAUUUUCAAAGAGCAUGGGGUGCUAGCUUUUGGUUCAAAGGACGCAUAGAUUUGUUUUAGAUGAUGCUGCUUCCCCGUCCCUCCAUUUGGAUAUCAACUUUUAGUUGGUUUUAAUUGUUCUGAACCUGUUACCACUUCCUUAGCUAAGUACUAUGAAUGUUACUGCUCAUGAUCAGAUACAUGAAAAUGUAAUAGAACCUGGGUCAUCCUGAAAGCAUCUCAUCCUUAUGAAAUGCCCGUCACAUAGCCUGUUGCCUACAGUUUUCCCUCCCCGACUGUAGUAUAUGAUGAAAUGUUUGUAAAUAAUGGCUUGGUAGGGGUUUUCAAUGCUACUGAAUUGAUUGAUGCUGUUUACAAGGCAAAUAAAGGUGGUCUUGACUCUUUGAA